AUGAUUGAUAUCAAUCUGUUACGAGUCGACAAGGGAGGAAAUCCGGACUUGGUUCGAGAAUCUCAGCGAAAACGAGGAGGCCGUGUCGAACUCGUCGAUGAAGUCAUUGCUCUGGACGAUGAGUGGAAGAAAGCUCGAUUCCAGGCUGAUCAGAAAAACAAGGAAAUCAACGCAAUCAACAAGGAAAUCUCGGCAUUAUACAAACAAGGCAAAAAAGACGAUGCUGCUACACUCAUCGCAAAAAAGACGGACACGGAAGCUCAACAAAUCCAACUGACGAAACUCUCUGAUGAAAAGGAAGUCAUCUUGAACAAGAAACUCACUCUUAUUGGAAAUAUUGUGCAUGACAGCUGUGUAGAUUCAUUGACUGAGGACGAUAAUGCUGUAAUAAAGAAGUGGUGGCCUGAUGGUCGAACUGAAGAUGCUGAAAGGCAACGACAUAAAGAGCUAGUCAAGGAAGAUAAAGGUGUACCCGGUUUAUUGCCACAUCACGAAGUGCUGGCUGGUAUUGAAGGAUAUGAUGCUGCUAGAGGUGCCAAUAUUGCUGGUCAUCGAGGCUACUUUCUAACAGGUCCAGGUGUCGACUUUAACUUGGCACUGAUGCAAUAUGGUCUGGACUUUUUGGAAGAAAGAGGAUAUACAAAGCUAUGGACUCCCUUCUUCAUGAAGAGAGAAACUAUGGCCAAGACUGCGCAGUUAGAGCAAUUCGAUGAAGAAUUAUAUAAAGUCGUGGAACGAGAACCUGGAACCAGUGAAAGCAAGGAAGACAAGGAAGCGGAGGAGCCCAAAUAUUUGAUUGCCACUUCUGAACAACCCAUCAGUGGCUUCCAUGCUGGUGAAUGGUUUUCAGAGAGCGAUGACUUGCCAAGAAAAUACGCAGGUGUCUCGACCUGUUUCAGAAAAGAGGCUGGUUCAGCUGGUCGUGACAAUUGGGGAAUCUUUAGAGUUCACCAAUUUGAAAAGAUUGAACAAUUUGUAUUGACUGAUCCAGAAAAGUCAUGGGAAAUGCAUGAAGAAAUGUUGGAAGCAGCUGAACUAUUCUACCAAAGUCUUGGAAUUCCAUAUCAUGUGAUUUCAAUCGUAUCUGGAGCACUCAACAAUGCUGCUGCCAAAAAGUAUGAUUUGGAAGCAUGGUUCCCCUUCCAAACUACAUACAAGGAGCUAGUGUCAUGCUCCAAUUGUACAGAUUACCAAUCUAGGAGGUUGGAAAUUCGAUAUGGUGCCAAGAAGUUGAAUGAUACUGUCAAGAAGUAUGUCCAUUGUCUGAAUUGUACACUUACGGCCACGGAACGUACGAUAUGCUGUAUUUUAGAGAAUUAUCAGACUGAAACCGGAGUCGUUGUCCCUGAAGUCCUUCGACCGUACAUGAGAGGCAAGUCCUUCUUCCCAUACAAGAAAAUACCUGGUGCUAGUGCUGGUAAAGAGGCUGGUGGUCAUCUCAAGAAGGCAAGAGCAGAGGAAGCGAUGCGAGACACCUUUUGGUAUUCCAUAACUCAUUGA